AUGUCUUACACACCAUCAAUCCAAGAGAAAGGCCUACACAUAGGAUCACAACCAGGAGAACCCGACAAGCUCGAAGGCAUUAGCGAGGACUUUGAAGUCUUCAAGCAGACCGAAGAUGGAGUCAACUUCCGAACCGUGGGAUGGCCAAUGGCUACCGUCAUCUUCCUCAAGACCAUUUUCGCUCUCGGUGUUCUGUCUAUCCCCGCAGCGAUGUACACGCUAGGUGCCGUCGGAGGCUCGCUCAGUGUCAUCGGUUGGCAAGCCCUGAAUACCUACACAGCAGUACUACAAGGCGACUUCCGAAACAACCACCCGAGAUGUCACAGUAUCGCCGACAUGGCAGGCGUCGUUGGAGGGAUUUGGAUGAAGGAAUUGACUGGCGCCCUAUUCAUCAUCGCCUACGUUAUCCUUACUGGAUCUGGUAUCGUGGGUGUAUCCAUUGGUAUCAACGCCUUGUCACAUCAUGGUGCUUGCACUGUCUGGUGGGCCGUCCUAGCAACCUUCUUCGUGGCCCUCGCGGCGUCAGCACGAAAGUUUCAUCAAAUUGGCUGGCUUACUUGGAUCGGAUUUGCUUCUAUCUUCAUCGCAGUUUUUAUCAUUGUCGUUGCAGUCACCACACGCGACCGCCCUGCGGCUGCUCCUCCAACUGGCCCUUAUGAGUUUGGCUUCUAUGCCAUAGCCUAUCCUAGCUUUGCUGCGGGCAUGGUCGCUUCUUGCACGAUCUUUGUGUCUGGAGCUGGUACCAGUGCUAUGCUUCCUGUCAUCUCGGAGAUGAAGAACCCAAGAGAUUACCGCAAAGCUCUUUUCAUCUGUAUGGGCAUCGUCACUGCUGCUUAUCUCAGCUUCAGUCUUGUCGUCUACCGCUGGUGCGGAAAGUGGGUCGCCAGUCCUUCUCUAGGUAGUGCUGGUCAAACCAUCAAGAUGGUCUGCUACGGUAUCGCUCUACCCAGUCUGGUCGUCAGUGCUUGUCUCUACCUUCACGUCGCCGCGAAAUACAUCUUCGUCCGUGUCCUUCGCGACUCGCAACACCUUCAAUCCAACACCAUGAUUCACUGGGUCACCUGGCUCUCCUGCACUUUCGGUCUCGCAAUUAUCUCUUUCGUUCUCGCAGAAGCCAUCCCUAUCUUCGAGUACCUGCUAUCCCUUGCCGGCAGUAUUUGUUUUGCCCCUCUGGCCAUCGCACUUCCCGCUUGGCUGUGGAUUUAUGACCAUCGGGAGUACCGCAAGGGCAGUACUGGACAAAAGAUCAUGUUCUGGAUGCAUGCGUUCUUCAUCCCAUUAGGCAUGUUCAUUUGUGUUGGAGGUACUUAUGGUGUUGUGGUGCAGAUUAAGCAGGCGUAUGCUUCGGGACAGAUUGGAUCUGCUUUUUCUUGUGCUGACAACUCGAACUCUUCUUGA